CAAAUCCUUUGCUCGUCAAAAAUAGUACAUCGAAGCUCCAUAGUGGCGGCAUCGGUGGCAGUGGCGGUAGCGGCAGCGGUGGUAGUUGCAGUGGCAGCAAUAGCAACGGUGGUGCUGGUUAUGAAGAAGGAGGUGAAAGUAGCUCAUCAGCCACGAUUAUGGUUAUGGUCAGCACUCUGGUUGCUGUCUCUGGUUCCUAUGUUUUUGGGUCUGCGGUGGGAUAUUCCUCACCAGCUCGGUCUGGGGUCAUGAAUGAUCUGGGCCUCACCGUAGCUCAGUACUCGGUUUUUGGUUCAAUAUUGACAAUCGGAGCAAUGAUAGGAGCAGUAGUGAGUGGAAGAAUAGCAGAUUAUAUAGGCAGAAGAGGUGCAAUGGCAUUUGCCGAGAUAUUCUGCAUUUUGGGAUGGCUAGCAAUAGCUUUCUCUAAGGUUGCUUGGUGGGCGGAACUUGGAAGACUGGUGGUUGGAUGUGGAAUGGGGCUUCUUUCUUAUGUGGUGCCUAUAUACAUAGCAGAAAUAACACCGAAGAAUCUGCGGGGAGGAUUUACAACUGUUCAUCAGUUGAUGAUAUGCUGUGGCUUGUCACUGACAUACCUUAUCGGGGCUUUUUUGAACUGGCGAGCUUUGGCUCUCCUCGGGACUAUUCCGUGUGUUAUACAGAUUUUAGGUCUCUUCUUCAUUCCAGAGUCUCCUAGAUGGCUGGCAAAGAUUGGUAAAUGGAAAGAGUGUGAAGCCGCUCUUCAGCGCCUUAGGGGGGAGAAUUCCAGUACUUCUCAAGAACUAGCUGAGAUUAGAGAUUAUACAGAAACUCUGAAACGGUUUUCAGAAGCGAGAAUUCUUGACUUAUUUCAAAGGAGAUACGCUUAUUCCCUCGUUGUAGGAGUUGGGCUUAUGGUACUACAACAAUUUGGAGGGGUCAAUGGCAUUGCCUUCUAUGCAAGUACUAUAUUCAUUUCAGCUGGAUUUUCAGAUAGUGUUGGGACUAUAGCUAUGGUUGCAGUUCAGGUUCCAAUGACAACAUUGGGUGUAAUUUUGAUGGACAAAGCUGGACGGCGUCCUCUUCUUCUGGUAUCUUCAGCAGGAACAUGCUUAGCUUGCCUCCUUCUCGGGUUGUCAUUCUCGUUGCAGAACCUUCAACAGUGGAAGCAGAUUACUCCCAUUUUGGCACUUGUCGGCGUUUUGGCAUUUAGUGGAUCGUUCUCGUUGGGCAUGGGAGGCAUUCCUUGGGUUAUAAUGUCCGAGAUAUUUCCCAUAAACAUGAAGGGGUCAGCCGGCAGCCUAAUAACAUUGGUUAACUGGUUAGGUUCUUGGAUAGUCUCAUACGCUUUUAAUUUCCUAAUGGAUUGGAGCUCCGCAGGAACUUUUUUCUUGUUUUCAAGCGUAUCUGCUGUAACCGUUCUGUUUGUUGCCAAGCUGGUACCGGAGACAAAAGGGCGAACGCUGGAAGAAAUACAAACAUCGUUGAACCGAUUUUCAGAAAAAUUAUGACAUUGUCAAUCCAUUUCCAGAUGUGGUUUUAUCCAUGAUUGAUUGCGCAUUGCAGCAUGGCAGAAGGAAGCAUGUUCUGAAUGUCAGCACAGCUUUGCAAUUCAAGGUUAUACCGUAGCUCCGAUCCAUGAGACUAAUUUCAUUUUCUUUGUAUUAAACCAGUUGGUGAUUAGCACCUUCGAAAAAUUGUGUAUUUUUUUCAUUGAUCCACGGUUAUAGACCAAAUGCUGCCUGUAACACACGAAGGAGAAGCAUCUCCCAAAUAUUCAAUGUUGUACGUUGUUCUAAUUCCUAAAGAUUAGCAAUAUAUAAUACGUUAAUAGCA